GACUACCGUCAUUUUCCGAAGAAAGCCAUGGAACCUUGCAUAACAGCGUUAGAGCUUGUGAAAUCGAAUCUGGGUUUCUAUGCACCACUUUCCCGAGAUGCGAAGCGGGCAAGCCCCGAAUCGUCGCUAUCCCUCGAAAUCACGCCACUAGAGUACCCAGGGGAACGCGCCUGCGAAAAGUACGCCCUCGUGUCCUGCACCAAAGCCCUCGAAUUCGAUCCCAUCGCCGACAUUUACGCCACCACCCAAAUGAUUGUCGAGCACUCCAUCCCAUCAAAGUACAAAGCCUCCUUCGGCGACGCGCGAAACGGCAUCCUACGGAGUAUACAACGCGCCAUUCACAAGAAGAGCCUGGACGAUCUGAAGGUGGCGCUGGCGGCUUGGAAUGAGAAUAUGGUGGAGUUGAAGGCGAAGAAGGUGUUUGCGCCGUGCGAGUUUUCGGGACCGGCUGCGUCGUAUCACAUGGUUUCGCAUGUCUUGGAGCAGGCUUAUUCAAGAUCGGUGGCGCCUGAAUCCAAUCUCUUAAACGUUUACGAAGGCUUCUCAAAUAACGUCUACGGAGAGGUCAAACACAAUUUUGUCAACACUAUCAUCCAGGAAGCUCGCAUCAAACCCAACCACGUUUUCGUUGACAUGGGAAGCGGAAUCGGCAAUGUCGUCCUUCAGGUCGCCGCACAAUGUCUAUGCGACACAUACGGCAUUGAGGUGUCUGAUAACCCGGCGAAGCUGGCUGCCAAGCAAAAGAAGGAGUUCAUUUCGCGGAUGAGCAGAUACUAUGCGAAGCCAUGCGGAAGGAUAACGCUGAAGCACAGCGACUUUCUGGAAGAUGCCGAAAUGCAUGAAGUCAUCAAGACCGCGGAUGUGAUCUUUGUCAACAACUACGCUUUCAAUGCAGAACUCAACCAAAACAUUCUCGCCAAGUUUUUGGAUCUGAAGGAAGGGGCUGUGGUCAUAUCCCUCCGCAGUUUCCUCCCUGUCGACCGCCCCACCGCGCGUAGCUCUCGCCGAAGCAACGCCAUUGAGUCCAUCUUCACCGUCAAGGAGCACUACUUUGGCCGUGACUGCGUCUCAUGGAUGAACGAGGGCGGCCAGUACUUCAUCCACACCGUCGAUCGAAAGCAGCUUGCCAAGCGUUACAAGUGAGCUCCCAGGCCACCAUUACGCCCGGAGACGCUCAAAAACGCAUAUCUCGCCGCAUUGUCCCACCACGCCAUCCACCAACUCAUAAUCAUCGUCUCAACACCCCAACCCAAACACCUGAUACAGACUCUGAAACACCGGAUUUUAUUUAGAUUUUGUCUG